GUGAUGUCUGACGGGGAAGCCAAAAUGGCAGCGUUAUUAUCUCACAGUAUUUAUGCUCAGGCGAUUUUUGAACAAAUAAUCUAAGUAAUUUAGCAGCAACAUAUUUCUGUUACUGUCAUAUGUAGGCUUUCCUUAAGGUAAUGAUGGUUCCAUGUCGUCCAUAAAUAAAAGAGCUGCGGGUUCGUGAGUGUCACGCACCUGGCCCGCUCAGUGUCGUGUUUCAACAAUUGUAUCCAUUAUGUGGAUGAUGAGAGUUCCCUAGUAUAGUAGUUGCAAAUGAAAAUGGAGGAUAUGUCUCUGUCAGGCCUGGAUAACACCAAGCUAGAGGCCUUGGCUCAUGACGUUUACUCAGACCUGGUGGAGGAUGCUUGUUUGGGGCUGUGUUUCGAGGUACACAGGGCAGUCAAACAGGGCUAUUUCUUCUUGGAUGAGACCGACCAAGAAAGCAUGAAGGAUUUUGAAAUAGUGGACCAACCAGGUGUGGACAUCUUUGGGCAGGUGUUCAACCAGUGGAAGAAUAAGGAGUGUGUGUGUCCCAACUGUAACCGGAGUAUCGCGGCUUCUCGCUUUGCUCCUCAUCUGGAGAAGUGUCUUGGGAUGGGCCGCAACAGCAGCAGAAUAGCCAACCGCAGGUCAGCUAGGACGGAAGAAAGGGCUGUGAUAAUAGCCAGCAGCAACCAUGCAAGCAAGUCAGAAAGUGAUCAGGAAGACAAUGACGAUGUUAAUGACAAUGACUGGUCCUAUGGUUCAGAAAAGAAAGCCAAGAAGAGAAAGUCAGAAAAGAAUCCAAACUCUCCUAGGAGAUCUAAAUCUCUAAAGCAUAAAAAUGGAGAGCUCAGCGGUAGUGUAAAUCCAGACCCUUACAAAUAUAACUAUAGUUCUGGCAUUAGUUAUGAGACUCUGGGACCUGAGGAACUGCGUUCGAUACUGACUACGCAAUGUGGUGUCGUGUCAGAGCACACAAAGAAAAUGUGUACUCGGUCCCAGCGGUGUCCCCAGCACACGGACGAACAGAGGAGGGCAGUCAGGGUCUUCCUCCUUGGGCCGUCCGCGACGACGUUACCCGACUCGGAUACAAUGCUGGAAAAUGAAGGUUAUGAUGGUCCUGACGGCCAGCUCAUCAUGUCCCGCCUCCAGUGGGAUGGUUCCUCUGACAUCUCGCCUUCAGACUCCGCAUCUUCCAAAGCCAGCACCAAUAACUCUGAAUCUAAGAGACCCAGGAAGAAAAAGAAGCCUAGCACACUCUCUCUUAGUAGCUCUGGAGGUGGAGUGGAGAGAGAUAAAGGACAGGAACGAGAAAGAGGUGACAAAGUGGCCGGAGGCAGUAGUAGCAGCAGCAGCUCCCAAAAUACACUCGGUCUGCCCAGUCGGAAAAAACGACCAAAACUGCCAGUUCCUCCGGCACCCAGUAUUUACGACGACCUAAACUAAGGAACAUGUUUGCACUUGUACUUUCUGGGACCUGAAUAUUGUCUUAUCUAACUUGAUCUGUCCUUUUUUCGUGAUUUUAAAUGUUGAUGAAGAAAAUAAGUGGAGUAUGCAUGUGAGAGAGGGAACGUCUGGACUAUAUACGCUUUUGUUUCUGGAAAGUGUUGCACAGUGAAAAGUGAAUGGCGGCAUUAAAGGGAUAGUUCACGCGAAAAUAAAAAUUCUGUCGUCAUUUACUCUCUCAUCUUGUUACAAACCUUUAUACAUUACUUUGUUUGGAUGAACAUGAAGGAAGAUAUUUUGAGGAAUGAAUGCAAGGAAAAAAAGAAUAGUAUGCAAGUCAAUGGGGCCUCUGAUCGGUUUGGUUACAAACAUUGCUCAAAAUAUCUUCCUUCGUGUUCAUCAUAACAAAAAAAUACAGGUUUGUAACAACAUGAGAGUGAAUAAAUUAUGACAUAAUUUUUUUAUUUUUCUGUGAACUAUCCCUUUAAUGUUUUUUGUGUGUGUGAGUUGGAGCAAGAAAAAUUGUCACUUUAUAUUUUAUUUAUGCAGUUCACUGUCAUCCGGCACGAUUCCAUACUCUGUACUGGGAGUAUAUGCGAGUUUUGGGUUUGCAGUGUCACAUAAAAUGUGCCGUUGUGGGUGCGCGCGUGUGUGUGUAAGCAAGAAUGAAUGUGAAUGGGAUGUUGCAAAUAUUUUGUCCCUGGUGGCUCAUGUAACCCAAGUGUAAUGUUGAUUGUAGAUUAAUUUGUGCACUGGUUUUAAAGGAUUUUACAUUGUUUUCAAAAUGUAAUUGCAAACCUGUUGUUUUCUUCUCGACUGCUUUCUGGCCAAGCAGUGCUACACAUGCUUUUUAUUGAUGUCUUGCUAAAUAUUGGACUUUAGUAGUGCACCCAGCAGCCAAA